ACUAAUAUAGCUAUAGAGCUUUGUAGGGAAGGAAAUAUGGUGGAGAUAUUUGAAGUUGGACCCUGUGAAAAUGCCUAUCAGAUGGGAUUUCUGAUAGGUCAAAGGUUCUCUAAUUUGAUAAGAAGCAGGUUAGCUAGAGACCUUAUCCUUCAAAACCAGCUUCUUCAAUUUGCUGGAACCCCAGAGUCACGUUCUUUCAUUGAGGCAAUUUCAGAAAAUAAUCGAAACAAGUUUCCAAGAUACUGGGAUGAGCUUUUAGGGACUGCAGCAGGAUGUGGUGUGCCUGUUCUUGAGAUUAUACUUAUCAACUUCAGGAAGGAGAUUCUUCCAUUCAUAUCAAAGACUGAGAUCAGUUCAAAUGUUGAUACCGCAGAUGACUGUUCUGAUGUUCUUGUUGUAAACGAUUCAAUGGCCAUUGCUGCUCACAAUGAGGACGCAAAUGCUGCUCUAGUUGGCCACACAUAUGUGAUAAAAUGUGAACUGUCAAAUGGACUAUCUUUCAUGGCUUAUACGUACGCUGGGGAGCUCCCAAGCUGCGCCUUCGGUUUCAAAAGUCAUGGUUUGGCAUUCACGCUGAACUCAGUACCCCCAGCUGAAGAUGAAAUUGUGGCAGCCGGCAUAGGGCGGAAUUUUAUCUCACGGGAUCUCCUGGAAGCCACAAGCAUUGACGACGCAUUAACUAGAAUACGUUCAUCAGAAGUUUCUGUGGGACAUAGUUAUAACCUAAUAGACAUAAAGACACGCCAAAUUUUGAAUGUCGAAACGGCAUCAAGGAACCGGGUUUCAGUUCAUAAUAUUGGACCAACACCAUUUUUCCAUGCAAACAUGUAUCUCCAUCUGGAGGUUCAGCAGGUACAAGAUGAGAAUUCAAUAAGCAGGCAAAAAAGAGCAACUGUGCUACCAAAAAGAUCGAAGGAUGAUUUCCUAUCACUUCUUGGAGAUACUAAUCAUCCAGAAUAUCCGAUCUACAUGAUAGGUCCAAAACUCUACACAUUAUGUACGGCAGUAAUCAAUCUGGAUGAACAAAUACUAACGAUAAUUGAAGGGAAUCCGAAGAAAGGAGAAGUUUCUCAUGUUUUCUCUAUGUCCUCGGAAGAUUUUAAGAUUGCUCAAUAAAAAAGCUCUAGCAGAAUGCGUUAGCUAUGCAGGUUCAUAUAGGCCUAACACAUGACCAUCGACACACCGCAUGGCUGCAACCUGAUGACAAGCAAAUAGUUUUACAAUUUGAGAUCAUUAUCGAACUCGAGGAAGAGUCUUGGUGAAGAUUUCUGUAGAAAUAAAGCUCAAUACCUUUCCAUGAAUCUCAUAUUUGAUGGGACCGUCUAGCUCAGCUCCUAGUGCCAUUAAUUUUGUGAUUGUACUAUUAAUGUCUGUCACUGUGAACGAUAGUAAAGAUGAAUAUCCCUUCUGCGUGACAUGGUCACUGUAAACUGGGUUAGAAACCAGCAUUUCCAAUUAGAAUCAAAACACAGACUCCAUUCGCUGAAAUGCUGAAUCAAUUAGACUGAUUAUUGCAUUCCUUAUUGUAUU